GGUUGUAUCCGGAGCUUUGAUGCAGCCUGCAAGGUAAGUUAAGUGCGAACCUGAGAUUUUGUUAGCAUGAAUUGUGAUUCCGGCCUUUAGCAGGACCGCUGUGAGCGAUCAUGAGACACUCUUCAAGCAGGAUCUCAACAGCGAAUCCUCGGAAGAGCCACCUGCCUACUUCCCUCUGCCGGAAUUAGUCGGAGUCUAUCUGCUUUCAAGGAAAAUAUGAACGAUACGGCAGAUAGUUGGUACAUUCUUCCUACUCGGAAACAGCGUUUGGUCUAAGGAGCCCAAUUUUCUCUCCAUAACCCACAAGAUAUAUUUGAGGGGAGGGAAAUCCGUUACUCAAGCCCAAUUACCCGAGCUGGGGGUUUUACAGGAACGGUGCCCCGAGGUUACUUUUGCCCAUCUGGAGCCGCAAAUCCAACGGCUGGGUACCUCCGUAGCCGGCUGUUGAAAUUCUAUGAACUAUUCAGAAUUUUAGUGCUCAGGUAGUUAGCCUCACGGAAAUGGCAGGUGAGAAUUGGGCGCCUCUGCCGUUGAACGUCUUAAACUCCGCUCAAUAGUAAAAUCCUAGCCUGCCCACAGAGCAUGAAACCUGUUGGGCACACGUCCUACAUAUCUAAAAAUUUACCCAACCUUCAAGAAGGGAACAUGGUUCUACUCUAGGAUAUGUAAACAUAGGCCAAGCAUUCGUUAAAUAUGUUUCCCUAGGCUCCAAGACGACCCUAGAAGUGCCGAACAUUUUCCAGGAAAAUACCUACACUCUUAAUAUUCCUCAAGCCGGCCUCAAACGUCAAAACGCUAACUCUGGGGUUUUCCCCUCCUCUUUCAAGAGUGCGUGCCAGCUAAGUUGGUGGCAUGCGGAUUCCCGACUCGCAGACCAACUUUGUCUGCUCUUUCGGCAUCUCCACGGCAACACCAGAGAGCAAAUGCGAGUUCAAAAGACGAGCAUCACUUUAAAAUGGGUACGAUAACAAACCCUAGCGCACCCCUCCGAAAAUCUACAGAAAAACACCACGAGAUAUAUCUCUCAGAACCCAUCGCACCACUAGGGGUUUUUCACGGUAAAAAAGGCAAGGCAACCCCUUCGAGACAAUUGCCUUCCUGGCGUUCCUGCCUCUCGACUCUCAUAAGCCAGUCCAAUCCUACACCAUGAGACCCUUUUUCUGCCUCGUUGCAUCAGUUCUACCCCUUAUUACUGGGAUCGUUGCUGCUCCAUUAGACGAUGCUGCACAGCCUUUUGUGGAUGAGAAGAUCCCGAACGCCUGGAUUGUGCAACUCAAGGAGGAAGCCAGCUCCCAAAGCCUUGAUGACCAUCUCUCUUGGUUGAGCACAGUUACCAAAGAAGUCGCCAGUUUUGCGGGGGCAGAACGAAAGUACGACUUCGCAGGGUUCGUGGGAUAUAGCGGGAAAUUCGAUGAUAGCACCGUUCAACAGAUACGCGCAAGACCUGAGGUGUGCCAAUGACUCUGCUGUUUAUGUGAAGAUAGUUAACCUAUAGCUCCUUUCUAGGUGGCCCUUGUAGAGCAAGAUGGUGUCGUCAACGCCGAUGCGUUGUGCGUCAAGAAACCAUUGUCCAUGCCGGGUUUGUGGGGCCUGGGUAGAAUAUCUUUCCUUCCCGGGGGUAACAGAGGGAUAUAUCUCUUUGACGACAGCUCCCCCUACUGCAACGGUCGCACCGGUGCGCCUACCGCAUAUGUCCUAGACUCGGGGGUAUACGCAGAGCACGAAGACUUCGGAGGCCGAGCAAGCCAUCUGUGGAAGGCAAAUCCACUUUGGCCUUCGGAUGAUCGUUGUGGCCAUGGCACUCACGUUUCUGGAACAAUUAUAGGAAGGACAUAUGGUGUCGCCAAGAAUGCCAUCGUUCUUUCCAUCAAGGUUUUGGAAGGCGCCCGUCAGGGCUCGUGUACCGGGUCCUGGUCUGGGGUUAUCGCCGGGAUCGAGCAGGCAUAUAAGCACGCCUCCGGUACCGGCAAGAUCCCCUUAUCUGUUGUAAACAUGUCUCUUGGUAAGUUAGGUUUCCUCCUACGAGAGCAGUCGCUGGGUUGCGGUUUAUUAACACCUGUAAAGGUGGUGGUUUUAAUCUUGCCGCCAACAGUGCGGUACAGGCGGUGAUUGCGAAGGGCCUGACGGUUGUGGUAUCAGCUGGCAAUAUAGGUGUAUGUCCCCCAAAACCUGGAGGGUCUUGUUGUUUCGCUCUGCAAGCUGACGCUCCUGCAGGCCAAUGCAUGCCAGUUCAGUCCCGCUUCGGCACCGAAUGCAAUCACUGUUGGAGCCUCAGACACCAAUGAUACCUUGGCCUCCUUCAGCAAUAAUGGAUGCUGUGUGGAUAUUCACGCUCCUGGAGUUGAGGUGUUAUCCGCGUGGAUUACCUCUAGGACAGCAACAAAUACAUUCAGCGGGACAAGUAUGGCGGCGCCCCAUGUUGCGGGUUUGGUAUUGUAUAAAAAAUGCUUGGUAGCUACCUUACGAACACCAAAAUUAGAUAGGGACGAGCUUGUCAAGAAGAGCAUUCGAAGGGCUAUCAAGGGCAACCUCUGUGUUACCAACAGCUCUCCAAAAUGCUGUUCGUCAAAUCUUCUAGCUCACAAUGGUGGGUGCGUGUAA